AUGACUCGCAAAGACGUUACCUUCCUCAGCGGCAACCUCAAACUCGCCGGCCACCUCUAUGUCCCCGACGGCGCCUCCAAAUCCAAGCUGCCUGCAAUCGUCGCCGUGCACCCCUUUGGCGGUGUCAAGGAGCAGACCACCGGCGUCUACGCCGAAAAGCUCUCCGACGAACUCGGAUACAUCACCCUGGCCUUUGACCGCCGCCACCAGGGCAGCAGUGAGGGCGAGCCCCGCCAGCUGGAAGACGGCUACGGCAUGCUUGAAGACAUCAAGUCCGCUGUUACCUACUUGUCCACUCUGGACCAUGUUGACCCUGCCCGCAUUGGUGUCCUCGGCUUCCGCGAAAUCCCCAAGCCCACCUUGGAGGGCAUUCUUGUCCAGGCUGGACAGGCGCGCAUCGACUAUGCCCGAGGUGGUGAGGUCCAGUAUCUGCCCAUUGUGCCCACGAAGGAAGAGAUCACCAAGGACACGACAAAUCUGAUGUCGGAGGCUUCCGAUUACUAUUUGACCUCGCGCGGCGGGUAUGAAACGUCGAUCAACCGGACUGCGGUGUGGAGCUACGACCAGCUGGCCAACUUUGACGCAUUUGCGUACCUGGACUGGAUCGCACCCCGCCCCGUGCUGCUGAUUGCGGGAUCCAAGGCUGACACUCUGCACUUCAGCGAAGAUGCGUACAAGAAGUGCAAGGAGCCCAAGGAGCUGUACCUGAUAGAGGGUGCGACCCACAUUGAGCUCUUUGACCAUGGUGUGCCCAAGGUUCUCCCCAAGCUGAAGGUGUCACAGUAUCAUAAUCUGUUGUGA